CAGGUCUCACCCUAGCAACAGCCAAACCAAAGCCAAACAAUGCAAGCGCACGUUAGACAUUGGCUAGUGAGCUAACUACAAAACUAACUUAGCUAUCCAAUUCCAUCGUUCUGUUGAAUUCACCGUUAAAUAACAUUUAAUAUAUGUUUUCUGAUAUGGAAAAACUAAAGGCAGAAGAUACCCGGUAUAUCAAAAGGAAAGUGAAAGGGGGAAGUUUGGAUGUCCACCCAACAGAGAAAGCCCUUAUCGUUCAGUAUGAGGUGGAGGCAACUAUCCUUGGCGAGAUGGGAGAACCGAUGGUUGGGGAACGCAAGGAGUGUCAGAAAAUAAUCCGUCUUAAAAGCUUGAACGUCAACACGGACAUUGCCUCCUUAGCUCAGAAGGUAGUGGAAGAAUGCAGGCUCAUUCACCCAUCUAAACUACCUGAGGUGGAGCAACUGCUGUUCUACCUGCAGAACUGCAGAAAGCCAGACAAACAAGAGAAACACUCGUCGCGGGACUUCAUAUCAUUUGAGGGGAUGGAGCUGGAUCAAGAGGCCAACAUCAACAGCAUAGAUGACUAUGUGGAACUGCUAUAUGAGGAGAUUCCAGAGAAGGUCAAGGGAGCAACCCUCAUUCUCCACCUCGCCCGCAACUCAGGCAACCUCAAAGAUCUCAUGCAAAACAAGACGGCCCUGGGAGCCCUGGCCAGAGUCUUGAGGGAGGAUUGGAAACAGAGUGUUGACCUCACAACCACCAUCAUUAGCGUCUUCUUCUGCUUCUCCAGUUUCUCACAGUUCCACAUGCUGGUGACACACUACAAAGUUGGAGCCCUCUGUAUGAACAUCAUUGAACAUGAGCUGAUGAAGUAUGACCUCUGGCAGGACGAACUGCAGAAGAAGAAACAGGCUUGUGACGAUGACCCUGAGAACCAAAACGCGAAGAAGGAACAUGAGAAAGCCUUGAGGAAGUACCAAGGUUUACUGACCAAGCAGGAGCAGCUUUUACAAGUGGGUCUGUACCUGUUGUUAAACCUGGCUGAGGACACGUGGACGGAACUCAAGAUGAGGAAUAAGAACAUCGUCCAAACGCUAGUGAAGACCCUGGAGCGGCAGGAUGAGGAGCUACUGCUGGUGGUGGUCACCUUCCUCAAGAAGCUCAGUGUCUUCAUGGAGAACAAAAAUGACAUGGCGGAGACUAAUGCGGUGAUGAAGCUGGCCAGGCUGCUUUCCUCAGACCACAAGGAUCUGCUGAACAACACCCUGCGCCUACUACUCAACCUUUCCUUUGACACAGGCAUCCGCAGCCAAAUGGUCCAGGCUGGACUCAUCCCAAAGCUGUCCUCACUGCUAGCUGACGAGAGCCAGAGACAGCUGUGUAUGUGCAUUUUGUACCACAUCAGUAUGGACGACAGAUUCAAGUCCAUGUUUGCCUACACGGACUGCAUACCUCAGUUGAUGAAGAUGCUGUUUGUUUGUGGUGAGAGCCACACGGACAAGAAACUCAUCUCGUUCUGCAUCAACUUGGCUGCCAACAAGAAGAACGCACAGGUCAUCUGUGAAGGAAACGGUCUGAAGAUGCUGAUGAAUAGGGGUCUGAAACCAAAGGAUGUUUUCUUCAUGAAGAUGAUCAGGAACUUGUCUCAACAUGACGGACCCACAAAGAGUCUCUUCAUAGACUAUGUGGGUGACUUGGCGGCCCAAGUGGUAGGGGAGGAGAAGGAGGACUAUGUUAUCGAAUGUCUGGGGACCUUGGCUAACCUCACCAUCCCUGACCUGGACUGGGAUUUGGUGCUAAAGGAGUACAACCUAGUGCCUUACCUCAAAGACCACCUUAAACCAGGUUCUGCAGAGGAUGACCUGAUCCUGGAGAUGGUGAUCCUGAUUGGGACAGUGUCCACGGACGACUCGUGUGCUGUCACGAUGGCCAAGUCUGGCAUUAUCCCCACUCUCAUCGAUCUGCUCAACGUCCAACAGCAGGAUGAUGAGUUUGUGUGUCAGAUCAUCUAUGUGUUCUACCAGAUGGUGUUCCACCAGGCCACCAGGGAUGUUAUUAUCAAGGAAACAGAUGUACCUGCCUACCUCAUUGACCUGAUGCACGACCAGAACGCUGAGAUACGCAAGGUCUGUCACAACACCCUGGACAUCAUUGCUGAGCACGAUGCGGCGUGGUGGGGCAGGGUUCAGAGUGAGAAGUUCCGCUGGCACAACUCGCAGUGGUUAGAGAUGGUGGAGGGCCGAGCCGUGGCGGACGACGGAGACCCUUUUGGCUACGGUGACGACGGAGACCCUUUGGCGUACAUAGACGACGGAGACCCUUUCACGCGCUACGGAAACAUCCUGGAGAGACCCGACCUCUUCUAUAGCGCUGACAGGAUCAUCCCAGUUAAUGGCACCAUCAGCCCAGAAGUCUUCACAGAUUACCUGAAUGGAGACGUGGGUCAGGCUGGAGGCUUCCCUGACAGGACCAGGACCUGACCUGAAGUUCUACAGUGUCGCUUUCUCCCAGCUCCACAGUCUAGGCAGAUAUGCUGUGAGACGGGGAGGCUCCCCAGACAGGUAGACCGUGAGGCAAGGCAGGCUCUGCUGCAGACAGACUCCACACUGAAUCAGAGACAGCUCUGAGGCAGACAGGCUCUUCAGUCAGACUAUGAGGCAGACAGGCUCUUCAGUCAGACUAUGAGGCAGACAGGCUCUUCAGUCAGACUAUGAGGCAGACAGGCUCUUGAGUCAGACUGAGGUAGACAGACAGGCUAUGAGGCAGACAGGCUCUUGAGUCAGACUGAGGUAGACAGACAGGCUAUGAGGCAGACAGGCUCUUCAGUCAGACUGAGGCAGACUGGCUGUAGAGUCAGACUGAGGUAGACAGACAGGCUAUGAGGCAGACAGGCUCUUCAGUCAGACUGAGGCAGACUGGCUCUAGAGUCAGACUGAGGUAGACAGACAGGCUGUGAGGCAGACACCCUCUUCAGUCAGACUGUGAGACAGGCAGACCGGACAGCAGUCAUGUUAUGCAGGCAGGCUGUGUGACUCAGAGCUUGGUGUUUUCAAGUGUUUCUCUUAGCCUCCUUUAACCUGCCGUUCAAAUCCCCUCUGACAGCCUUAGCGUGUGUAGAGGAAAAAUACAUAUUUUUUGCCCAGUUAGGAAGCGUUGGAAGGGGGAAAGGGGAGGAGGGGUUGCAGGGUGCGUAACUGAUCGCUGGAAGUGAUUUGGGCUAAAAACAACACCUCAUUAUGGGCGCUCGGAGGGGCAAAGCAAACAGCUCGUAUUUUAGAGAGCCGGAGGAUGUCGGCCUGGGCUGCCAGUGACUAGCAGUGUUUAUCCAUCACCCCGUCCGGUUAGCUCUACUCACACCUAGGCCCCCGAUAAUAAGACGGUCACGUUGACCUGACCCACAUGGCUGAACGAUCAGGCCGGCUGGUCACAGCAGAGAGAAGACGGGACCGUGAAAUCACCCGGCAUCCCUUCCUCUGUGUCCACGUCCCCAUGGUAACUGAUUUGUACGCUUGCUGCAGCAGCACAUGUAUCAUUCCCCAAGCAGGCAGGUGUAGGGGCAGAAGGACGGCAGGGUGGAUGGGUCUGGCUGGGUAUUAGGCUCUCUAAGGCCACUGAGGUGGCCUCCCCCUUGAGUCAUUACUCUAAAUUAGAAUUGGUUCUUAUGUUGCUAGUUGCCUGGCCUGGUUACCUGUACACGGACAGGGGCCUUGUUAGAGAGACGCGUUUUUAUAUCAGAACAAUUUAUAGGGCAGGUGAAUGUUGCAUUAGGUUUUUAAUGUUUUCUCCCAUGUGUUUUGGAUUGGUCUCUCUAGUUCACUGUCUCAGAGUGCCACCUAGUGGCAGUCUUUAGAACCAUCUCACAUAGUGUGUGC